UACUUUGGUGCGAGUUGCAGCAGGAAAGCCUAACCCCGACCGCCAGCCAGUGCUGUGUGGCCUUCGAAGGUGUUGAGGCAGGAAAGUUGAAGGAGAGUGGGCCAGUUCUACGGUUCGGUUCUAGGUCAGCACAGCGCUCCCAAGUACAGGAUCCUGCGGUGUCGGUGUUGAUCGAGUAACGAAUAAGCGCCAUGUCCGUGUUACAUUUGCUGUGUGCAGUAGCGAUAGGCUGGUUCGCGGUCGAACGAUCGCAGGCUAACGUGAUCUUGUACGACGAACCCGUGGACAACAGUAUUGAUAGCUCAAGCGACGCCAUAGACCUAUCCCAUCUGGGACCGGAGCUGUACGGUCAGCCGGACGAGGAGGUGGGCAAACUGGUGGCCAACUUCAAUCCGGAAACCGACAGCGGAAAUGUGGAGGAGCUGGGCACGUACGUCGAGGGAGACAUACUGAUCGACCGUCCCGGUGGACGAAACGGUAUCGCCAAUACGGCUAGCCGUUGGCCGAAGGGAGUGGUACCGUUUGUGAUUACGGGAAACUUCGACGCCAAGGGCAUGAGUCUGAUUGAGCAGGCCAUCAACGAGUAUCACGCGAAAACGUGCAUCCGGUUCGUGCCACGUAUGGGCGAAACGAACUACAUCUCCUUCGAAAGCUCCAACAGUGGCUGCUGGUCAAGUGUGGGCAUGAUCGGUGGCAAGCAGGCGGUUAAUCUGCAGAUUCCCGGCUGCACUACGAUGGUCGGUACUGUCAUGCACGAGAUGAUGCAUGCGCUCGGUUUUCUGCACGAGCAAAACCGCGAGGAUCGCGAUGGCUGGGUAAAGAUCAACUACCAAAACAUCAAGACGGGAACGAGCAACAACUUCGCGAAGGCUAAGACCGGAACCACCAACAGCUUCGGUGUGUCGUACGACUACGGCAGCAUCAUGCAUUACUCGGCGAAUGCUUUCUCCACGAAUGGACAGCCCACGAUCGAACCAAAGAAACCACUGAAUGGUGCAACCCUUGGCCAGCGGGAAGGUUUUUCCUGGAGCGAUAUGGAAAAACUCAACCGAAUGUACGGAUGUCAGGGAAGCGCAGGCAGUCGACCAACGAUUCUUCGACCUCCCACCUUUGGAAUGUUGCCAUCGGUAGGAGUAUCGGGCCCAGCCGCACCUUCGGGUCAGGGUGUUGGACCAUACUAUCCACCGGCGGUACCUCCUCCGUACUAUCCCCACUACCCACCGACGGGCGGUUCGAUGUACCCUUACAGACCAAUCCCUGGAACAGGUUAUCCGGGACCUGGGUUUGGAUACUAUCCUUACAUGGAGGAGAAGGACUCGCCCACAACCCAAAAGCCGCAGUAAGCACACACAAGCAGCUGAACAUCGUACAAACUAGUGGGAUGUAGUUUUAUACAAAAUUCUCUCGCCUCUCGGAAAAGAAACAUAAUAAACGGUAACAUACCCA